AUGGAGGCUUUUCUUUCAGAAAACCAGUCAAGAAACAUCAACCACGUGAAAGCAGGGAAUGAGACACAAAUUUCAGAAUUUCUUCUUCUAGGAUUUUCAGAAAAACAAGAAUUGCAGCCCUUCCUCUCUGGGCUGUUCCUGUCCAUGUACCUGGUCACUGUGCUCGGGAACCUGCUCAUCAUCCUGGCCACGAUCUCAGACUCCUGCCUCCACACCCCCAUGUACUUCUUUCUCUCCAACCUGUCCUUCGUAGAUAUCUGUUUUGCCUCCACCACAGUCCCAAAGAUGUUGGUGAACAUCCAGACACAGAGCAAAGUCAUUACCUAUGCAGGUUGCAUCACCCAGAUGUGCUUUUUUGUACUCUUUAUAGUGUUGGACAGCCUACUCCUGACCAUGAUGGCCUAUGACCGGUUUGUGGCCAUCUGUCACCCCCUGCACUACACAGUCAUCAUGAACCCUCAGCUCUGUGGACUGCUGGUUCUGGUGUCCUGGAUCAUGAGCAUCCUAAACUCCAUGUUACAAAGUUUAAUGACAUUGCAGUUGUCCUUCUGCACAGACUUGGAAAUCCCUCACUUUUUCUGUGAACUUAAUGAGAUGAUCCACCUUGCCUGUUCUGACACCUUUGUGAACAACAUGGUGAUGUAUUUUGCAGCUGUGCUGCUGGAUGGUGGUCCUCUUGUUGGGAUCCUUUAUUCUUACUGUAGGAUUGUUUCCUCCAUACGUGCAAUCUCGUCAGCUCAGGGGAAGUACAAGGCAUUUUCCACCUGUGCAUCUCACCUCUCAGUUGUCUCCAUAUUUUAUGGUACGGGGCUAGGGGUGUACCUUAGCUCUACUAUGACUCAAAACUCACACUCAACUGCUGUCGCCUCGGUGAUGUACACUGUGGUCACCCCCAUGCUCAACCCCUUCAUUUACAGUCUGAGGAAUAAAGACAUAAAGGAGGCUCUGACAAAAUUCUUCAGAGGGAAACAAUAA